AUAUACUCUUUCAGCCAACUAUUAUUCAACGUUAAGUUAUAAGUCUAGGCGGUUUUAAUACUGCAAGUAUAUUUCCUCCUUUAUUUUUCGGUUUUUUUCAUUUGUGACCCUGUCCACUGAUUAAUUUCUUGAGCUGGGUUCAGUUUCUGCUACAAUUUAUUUUAGAAUUCAAAUACAGAAUUUAUUUGGGAAUCAAGUAAAGAUUGGAUCUUUGUGGGAAAUCUAAAGAUUUACUUGAGGGAAUGAAUGAAUUGUUGCAGAAGAGCUAAAAAAAUUCAAUCUUUGAUGAAUUGGGGUUUUGAUUUGUGACGUGGCAAUAAGACUGUGCAAAAGUGGAAACUUGGCAGAUUGUCGUAUUAAGAAACUGAAUAUUGUAUAUGCAUAAUAUUGGCAUGAGAUGAUUUAAAUGGAAUAACGUGGUCAGUAAGAAUUCGUAUAGCCGACCUCAACUUAUUUGGGACUUAGACAUACUUGUUGUUGUUGUUGUUGUUGUUGUAAGAGAAAUGAAUACUGUGGGGAGGAUUGGUAGCUAUAUAGGUCGAAGCGUACGUACUGUUUCUGGGACCUUAAAUCCAUUUGGUGGUGCUGUGGAUAUCAUAGUGGUGAAGCAACCAGAUGGGAGUUUGAAAUCCUCUCCUUGGUAUGUUCGAUUCGGGAAGUUUCAGGAGGUUUUGAAGGCAAAAGAAAAGGUGGUUAAUGUAAGUGUCAAUGGCGUGGAAGCGGGUUUUCGAAUGAAUUUAGAUAGUAGAGGGCAAGCAUAUUUUCUAAGGGAGCUGGACAUGAUAGAUGGAGAUUCUUUAACUACUCGAACAUCCGAACAGCUAGCAACGUUGAAUCUGAAGGAGGGAAAGAAUGUAGUUGUAUUCACAUGCUCGAAACGCCAGGUUGAUGCGUGUAUAUAUUUGUGGAGAUGGGACACAAAUAUUGUAGUCUCUGAUGUUGAUGGAACAAUUACUAGAUCUGAUGUUCUAGGGCAGUUCAUGCCUUUGGUGGGAGUGGAUUGGUCACAGUCAGGCGUUGCACAUCUCUUUUCGGCUAUCAAGGAGAACGGCUAUCAAUUGCUUUUCCAAAGUGCACGUGCUAUUUCACAGGCCUAUCUCACUAGACAAUUCUUGUUUAAUCUUAUGCAGGAUGGAAAGGGAUUACCUGAAGGACCUGUUCUUACAUCGCCUGAUGGACUUUUUCGUUCUUUAUUUCGAGAAGUGGUUACAAGAUCUCCCCAUGAAUUCAAAAUUACUUGCUUACAGGAUGUCAAGGCAUUGUUCCCUUCUGAUAGGAAUCCCUUUUAUGCUGGUUUUGGAAACAGAGACACCGACAAGGUCAGCUACCUCAAGGUUGGAAUACCUGAAGGAAAAAUCUUCACCAUUGAUCCAAAGGGUCAAAUUGUUAUGAACCACCACAUAGAUACAAAGUCAUACACCUUCAUACAUGGUUGCGUCGAUGACAUGUUUCCACCCUUGUCCUCACGCGAGCAGGAGGAUUUUAAUUCAUGGAAUUAUUGGAAGCUUCCGUCUCCUAUCCGAGAUUAAGCCAGUCCAUCCACUUAUUUUUUGAGAUUCCGGGAUGGCACUCCCACGGCUAUGAAGAGAUUCAUAUAAAUUUUUAUUCAAAUAUUAACUUGGAAGCAACUUGCCCUUGUUUCUGAGAAAAAGUGAUGGAUUCGUGAGAAACUACUAAUUCAUAUGUGCACCUUACAACUAAGGCUGACCAAAGACAGCCUCACUAUAGCUGUAUAUUGCACAUGGAAGUUUAUUAGUAUGCUGUUGUAUUACACAACCAUUCUUCAAAAGGAAGGAAGUAUAUUACUUAAUUUUCUGAUAUUCUACACAUCAAUUUUCAA